AAUUCAAGUGAUGGGAAAAUUAAAAACGUAAAACGUAUAUCAGAUUAUUGCAGGAAUAAUCUGGAUUAUUCAAACCUGGCGUGUUUGUUCUUCAGGACUGCAGAGGAAGAAGACAAGCCGGCCUCCCUGCAGCAGGCUUCCUCUGACUGCGCCUCCCAGUCCAGGUCAAAGGUUCGUCUCCUCAGUCACUCGGAUCUGGAUCUCUCGUCUUCUCGUCGUUUUGCUUCGUUGUCUUUCGGCCUGAGGAAGAGGAGGAGGAGGAAGGAUGAAGAGGACCUCUCCAGGAGCGCCAUCGGUCUCCAUAGCAACCAGCAGGAGAAUCCCGUCUCCCGCCUGGAUCUGGACCGGCCCGACCCGAAGUUCAGUUUGUCUCAACCCGAACUCCAUACCAGCAGAACCUUUGACAUCCCGUCUCCCCCGUCCUCCAACCGGACCGGACCGUUAACCAGAACCCGACCAGAACCGGAGGAGCUUCUCCCCAACAAAACCUCCAGAACUCUGAUCCCCUCCAAUCCGGAGUUUCCGGUUCCGACGGCCCGAACAGAAUCCCCCGCUGUUCCCGGCCUCCGGUCCAAUCAGGCAGAACCAGGUGCGGACCAGAACCAGAACCUCACCUCAUCCGCUGCAUCGGGAAACGGGGAUGGUUCUGAUGGUCCGAGUCCGGAUCCAGAACCUCCCGGUACCUCCAGGCGGGACUUGGGUUCAACUCUGGACGGACCGGAACCUGAAGAAGCUUUAGCAUUCUCUAUGAUCCCAAAACCGGAACCGAGCCGUUCCGAACCGAACCCGGCGGUACCAGCUGCAGGUUCUAAUCCUGAACCCGACACGGCGGUACCGCCUGCCAGCCCUGGUUCCGGUUCGGGUCGGAAUGCCGUGAUCGGAACUGUCUAUAACUGUCCUCGGUUCUCCGUCCCAGAACCAGAACCGCCAGGGGUCCAGAGCCCCCCUCCAGUGGCCCCCGGUCCCGGCGCAGGUUUUUCCGGUUCUGCUGAAACCAAACCCAGCCGUGUGAUUCGGGUUCGGCCCGGUUCCCACAGCGCAGGCCCGGUUCCCGCCUCUCCGGUUACUGCAGCGUCUCCAGGGACGGACUCUCGGGUUUCCGAAUCUGAGCCCAGGCUGGUUCCGGUCGGGCGGCCCAUCGCAGCAGACUGCUUGCCUCCGCAUCGCGGAAUGAACGUUCAGAACUUCGAACCUCCCGAACCGGACCGGGCUCUGAAUCCGGGCUACCUGAGCCUCGGUUCGGAUGACGGCGCGGAGCUUUACUUCAGCGCCCCGGAGAGCGGAGAGGAGGCGGACCCGCGGGACGGCGGGGGGGAGGCUGAGAGCCCCAGAGGUCAGAGGUCAGAGGAGAAAGCAGAAACCGCCUCGGCACAGGUGAGAGUGUGGGAGGAGCCCGCGCCACCGGUUCCGCAGGUAAACAGGCUGCAGGAAUGCGGGUUGGCCCCGCCCGCCGCUGCUGCCCCGGCGGAGAGAAUCCAGGCCGCAGAAACCCAGGAUCCCGCUCAGAAAGCCCCGAACCUGCCGAGACCGGUUCUGGUUUCGGACCCCAGGAGAACCGAGGAAACCCGAGAGGAGGAGGAAGAGGAGCGCACCUUCACGCCUCCUGCAGCGGGAGGGACGCCUGACGCCGCCGCCAGCCGUCCCGAGGGGGCGGGGACCAGGACGCGCCGCGUCAACGAAACCGCUGAGACGCAGCGACAGGUGCCAGACCUGAAGUCGGCUCUGGACGCACGCAGGCCGCCCGGCGACCCGCAUCCAGUCCGCGCCGCGGCUCACCUGGACCGCAGCUGCCAGCCUCCAGAACCAGAACCAGAACCAGAUGACAGGAUGAGUUCAGGCUUCAGCAGCCUGACCACCAAGCUGGCCCUGAAGAACCCGUCUCCUCCCAGAGAGGAGGAACCCAAAGCCCGCUUCCUCAAAGUGUCCCUGGUUAACAUGGAAACCAGCAGCACGCCGGAACCAGACGAUCCGGAACCAGACGAUCCAGAACCAGACGAUCCGGAACCAGACGAUCCGGAACCAGAGUACAGGUGGAAGAACCGUUUUCAGGGCGUGACCCAGUUUCCAUCCAGCAGGUCCCCUCUCCCUGCAGAUGAUGAACCUUCGUCACACUUCAGCUCCUCAGACAGCUCUGUGUACCUGAGCCCCGCUGGAGGCGGGGCGUGGAGGCGGAGCCUCCUGGGGGAGGGGGAGGAGUCAGCUGCUCCUGCAGGUGAAGAGGACGAGCUGCUGAAAGAGGAGACAGAGUGGAGGAAGCCGAGGUGGCAGCUGGAGCCGCUCAUCGAAGACGACGACUCCUUCUUCACCGGAGUCUUCAAGGCCACCCUGGUGGACCUGACCCCCGACCCCCUGACCUCUCCUGACUCCCCAACGUCCCCCGACGUAGACUCCCCCGUCAACGACAUGGAGAGCCUGGUGGACACCCUGAGGAGCAUGGGGCCCUCUCAGAGGCCCCGGAGUACCGGCGUCAGAGCAGCUCCUCCUCCACUGGUCUCCACCCUGUCCCCCAUCAGAGAGGACACAGGGAACCCCAUCAUCUCCACCCUGUCCCCCAUCAGAGAGGACACAGGGAACCCCAUCAUCUCCACCCUGUCCCCCAUCAGAGAGGACACAGGGAACCCCAUCAUCUCCACCCUGUCCCCCAUCAGAGAGGACAUGGGCAGUCCCUUUGUCCGUAGCACCCCCCAGAGGACAGAGGAGCCCCAGAACCAGCUGUACACCCUGCCUCUGGACCUGGGCCUGAAGAGGAACAUCUCCAGAGACCCCCGCUCUCCAAUGGAGCUGAUGAAGAGCCAGGACCUGACUUCCUCGCUGCACAACGGGAACGGCGCUCCUUCGUCUCCCACCUCCGGCUCCCGCCUCGACAACAGUGUUCUUUUCGGCUCUUACCGCUCCUCAAACCCGGACCUGAAGCUGGAAAAUGGGACCGCCCAUCGGCCGCGGUUCAGCUCCCUGCCAGACACAGGAACCCUGGGAAUGAGACUGAGGGAGACUAGUGAGGCGGGGCCUGUUGGGGAGGCAGCGGGGUCCCGUCUGGAGCGCCUUUCCUUCCUCGUCAACUCUUCAUCCCUGAACGGUGACGCCGGCCCCUCCAGGAUCAGCCGAUCGCCCUCCUUGAUACUGGGUUCCCCCACCUCCAACAGCCCCACCCAUUUGCUCAGCCCCACCGGCUCUAUUGACCCUCACUGGGCCCCCACCAUCUCAGAGCCCCAACUGUUCAGCCAAGGGCCCGGGGUCCUACAGAGGAGCCUCAGCUAUGAAGGGCUAUCACAGGCAACCCUGUUCAGCAGUUUGUCUGGAGGGCCACAGUUCAGCAGUUUGUCUGGAGGGCCACAGUUCAGCAGCGUUCAGGCAGGGUCCCAAUUCAACAGCAGAGGGUCCCUGCUCCAGAACCAGCAAGAUGAACCAGACAGCAACCAGAUGUCCAAGUAUAGAGCCUUCCCAGAUGCCUAUCUCACCAAGGAGAAGGAGCACGGGAAGCUGAACCCACGACCAGGAAAGAUUUACAUCUUUGACCGGCCGGGAAUGUGCGGCCGCAGGAUGGAGAUCCGCGGAGACGUCAUGGACGCCACGUCCUGGGAGCUGCAGGACACCAUCUCCGUCAGGGUGGUGCGAGGAGGGUGGGUUCUCUAUGAAAAACCCAACUUUAAAGGGGGGAAGAUCGCCCUGGACGAGGGAGACAUGGAGCUCACCUGUCCCUUCAGCCCACCUGAGAAAGCGCUGCAGAAUGGACAGGAAGAGGAGAAGAAGAACGGAGAAACAGAGGAGCAGAGCCAGGAGAAACCGACCCAGAAGUUCAUCAUCGGAUCGAUUCGCAGAGCGGUCAGGGACUACAGCGUUCCAGAGAUCUGUCUCUUCCCAGAGGAGAACGCAGAGGGAAAGAAGGUGGUUUUCAGGGACACAGCGGAGGAUGCCAGGAUCUUCGGGUUUCCCAUCAAAGCCAACUCCAUCAUCGUGAACGCCGGGCUCUGGCUGGUCUUCGCUCAGCCCUUCUUCCAGGGCGACCCCCGCAUCCUGGAGGUGGGGGGCUACUCUAACCCUGCGGCCUGGGGAGUGGAGCAGCCCUACGUGGCCUCAGUGCAUCCCCUCAAAGUGGGAGAACCUCGGGUGGAGAACAUGGGGGAACCCAAGAUGGUGAUCUACGAGAAGCCAUACUUCUCUGGGAAGUCCAGGACCAUCUCCUCCAACAUGAGGGACUUCUUGAGCCGGACGGACCGCCAGCAGACCCUCUUCAUGGCCAGCCUGGGCUCUCUGAAGGUCCUGGGAGGAAUCUGGGUGGGAUACGAGAAGGAGGGUUUCCGCGGUCACCAGUACCUGCUGGAGGAGGGCGAGUACCACGACUGGAGGGUGUGGGGGGGCUGCGACUCCGAGCUGCGCUCCGUCAGGGUCAUCCGGGCGGACCUGGCGGACCCGGUGAUGGUGAUGUUCGAGCAGCCUGAGGAGGAGCAGGGUGUGACGGAGGAGAAGACCUUUGAGGUGACGGAGGCCAUCCCUGACGUAGAGCUCUUCGACUAUAAAACCUCCACCCGCUCCAUCCACGUUCUCAGCGGAGCGUGGAUCGCCUACUCCCAUGUGGACUUCUCAGGGAACCAAUACAUCCUGGAGAAAGGCUUCUACAACAACUGUGCUGACUGGGGCUCCCAGGACACCCGGGUCUGCUCGGUCCAGCCCAUCUUACCGGCUCCAGCUGAAACCUCCGGCCCCAGAGACGAGAUCAUCCUCUACUCUGAACCAGACUUCCAAGGCGAACGCCUCGUCUUUCACCACAGCCAGGGGGCGCUGUCAGAGAAAUUCCUCACCAGGUCGUGUCGAGUGGUGAGAGGAAGCUGGGUCCUCUGUGAGAACAAGCAGUUCUCUGGGAACAUGUAUGUCCUAUCUGAGGAGGACUAUCCCAGUCUUACCAGUAUGGGCUGCCCCUCCAGCUGCUCCGUGCUCUCCAUCAAGCUGGUGCCGAUGACGCUGUCGGUGCCGUCCGUGUCUCUGUUUGGACUUGAAGGUCUGGAGGGCCGGGAGAUCACCACCGAGUCGGAGGUCACCAGUCUGACCCAGGACGGGUUCAACAACCACAUCCUGUCGGUCCGGGUCAACAGCGGCUGUUGGGUUUUGUGUGAGCAUAGCAACUACAGGGGGCGCCAGUUCCUCCUGGAGCCGAUAGAAAUCACUAAUUGGCCCAAGUUCAGCUCCCUGGACCGGAUCGGGUCCAUGUACCCCAUCAGACAGAAGCGUCACUUUUUCCGGGUGAAGAACAAGGAGAGCGGUCACUUCCUGUCGGUGCAAGGCGGCGUGGAGGAGCUGAAGUCAGGUCGGGUGGUGGCGGCGGCGGAGGUGGAGCCGCUGAGCGACAUCUGGUUCUACCAGGAGGGACGGAUUAAAAACAAGCUCUCUGCCUCCAUGUGCCUGCAAGUGAUGGGCAGCGUGGAACCGGCAGCCAAGGUGGUUCUGUGGAAUGAGAGCAGGCAGCCGAUCCAGAACUGGUCUGCGAAUAUGCAGGGUCCGAUCGGCAGCCUGACGUUCCCUGGAAUGGUGCUGGACGUUAAAGGCGGCAGAACGUACGAUAAGGAGCAUGUGGUGGUGAUGCCGGAGAACGACGAGAGGCCCAGUCAGCAGUGGGAGAUCCAGCUGCUGUAGCGGGAAACCUGCUGUAGCGGGAAACCUGCUGCAGCCGGAAACCUGCUGCGCCUUUCUGGAGCUUGCCGUUCUCCUGAAUGCACGGAGACCGGCGAACCGAAUCUGAAACGGUUUACAGGCAGCAGCAGGAGGUUCUGUUACCAAAGAUACUCCCGACUUUCUGGUUGUGAUUCCACUGAGCUCCUGUAAAUGUUCUGCCUGGAUCGCUACGCAUCAACCAGCAGAACAGGAAUGUUUGCUUUCAGUAUGUUUAUAUGUACAUGUGUGUGGACGAUGCUGCAGCCGGGUUCUUCCUAUUUUAUUAGCUUCUGUUACAUUAACCUGCUUCAGCUCUGUUCAUAUUUGAAAUGAAAUGCAUGCAGUUGGAAGAUGUUGUACACAAGGAAAGGGUUUUAAAACGCUCAAUAAACAAUAAAGCAACUGUUGUUUUGUCA